GGCCACUGCAAUAAAACGAGCGUAGCCACGUCAGUUCAGCCCUUUGCCUCGCCGCCACACACCGCGGAUGUCGAGCCCUAGCGUGAAGGCCAUCUUCGUCCUCGACGCCGAGGGCAACCGCCUCUGUGCCAAGUACUACGACCGCGUCGGGUACCCGACGUUGAAGGACCAGACCGCGCUCGAGAAGAAGAUCUGGGCCAAGACCAAGAACAUGAACGCGCGCAUGGAGGCCGAGAUCAUCCUCAUCGACAACAUCGUCGCCGUGUUCCGUAGCCAGAACGAAAGCACGAUGUUUGUUGUCGGCGGCGCCCACGAGAACGAACUCAUUUUGCUGCAUGUGCUCGACGGCGCCUUUGAAGCCGUGAGCAACAUGCUCAAGGGCCACAUGGAUCGGCAUUCGGUGCUCGACAACCUCGAGCUCGUGCUCUUGACGUUCGAUGAAGUCCUCGACGGCGGCGUCAUCUUUGAGACCGACACACAAUCCAUCACGAACCGCGUGCUCAUGCGCGGUAUCGACAACGAGGUGCCCCUCACCGAGCUUACGAUCGGCCAGGCCUUCAUGACGGUGCGGGAGCAGUGGUCGCGCUCGUUCCGGAGCGGCUAGAGCGCGACGACGUCCUCUCGUCCUCUUCAAUAUACACACAGCACUCUUCCAUG